CUUCCCGGCCCGCCAGCCGCCUGGCCAGGCGAGGCGGAGCGCCUGGAGUGCCGCCCGGUGCUCCACAGCCUGGGGAGAGGACCCAUCGUCCGCCGCGCCGCCACCCCACCCGGCGGGCCCAUCGUCCUCGCGUCCCCGUUAGUCACGUUCACUGGGCGGCGGAGACCUUGCUCGCUCGCUGGUUCGCAACGCUUACCCCUUCCCCCCGCCGGGUCCCCCGCCUCCACUUCCGCGGUUCCCCGCCGGCCCAGAGGAGCCUGGGCCCGAGGCUAAGAAAUGGCAUUUCAAAAGGCAGUGAAAGGGACUAUUCUUGUUGGAGGAGGUGCUGUUGCAACUGUUCUAGGCCUCUCUCAGUUUGCUCAUUACAGAAGGAAGCAAGUGAACCUGGCCUUUGUUGAAGCAGCAGAUUACGUGUCAGAACCUGUUAACAGGGAGCCUCCUUCCAGAGAAGCUCAGAUACUGACUUUGAAAAACACAUCUGAAUUCGACAUCCUUGUCAUUGGAGGAGGAGCAACAGGAAGUGGCUGUGCCCUAGACGCGGUCACCAGAGGACUAAAAACAGCCCUUGUAGAAAGAGAUGAUUUCUCAUCAGGGACCAGCAGCAGAAGCACUAAAUUGAUCCAUGGUGGUGUGAGAUAUCUUCAGAAGGCUAUCAUGAAGUUGGAUAUUGAGCAGUACAGGUUGGUAAAAGAAGCCCUUCAUGAGCGUGCCAACCUACUAGAAAUUGCUCCCCAUUUAUCAGCUCCGUUGCCUAUAAUGCUUCCAAUUUACAAGUGGUGGCAGUUACCUUACUACUGGGUAGGAAUCAAGCUAUAUGACCUGGUUGCUGGAAGUAAUUGCCUGAAAAGCAGUUACGUCCUCAGCAAAUCAAGAGCCCUUGAGCAUUUCCCAAUGCUCCAGAAGGACAGACUGGUAGGAGCAAUUGUCUACUAUGAUGGACAACACAACGACGCACGGAUGAACCUUGCCAUUGCUCUCACUGCUGCCAGGUAUGGGGCUGCCACGGCCAAUUACAUGGAGGUAGUGAGCUUGCUCAAGAAGACAGACCCCCAAACAGGGAAAGAGCGCGUGAGCGGGGCGCGGUGCAAGGAUGUCCUCACAGGGCAGGAAUUUGACGUGAGAGCCAAGUGUGUUAUCAAUGCCACGGGACCUUUCACAGACACCGUGCGCAAAAUGGAUGAUAAGAACGCUGCAGCUAUCUGCCAGCCGAGCGCUGGCGUCCACAUCGUGAUGCCUGGUUAUUACAGCCCAGAGAGCAUGGGACUUCUUGACCCAGCGACCAGUGAUGGGCGAGUGAUUUUCUUCUUACCAUGGCAAAAGAUGACUAUAGCUGGCACUACUGAUACUCCAACCGACGUUACACAUCACCCCGUUCCUUCUGAGGAAGACAUCAACUUCAUUUUGAAUGAAGUGCGUAACUACUUGAGCUGUGAUGUUGAAGUGAGAAGAGGGGACGUCCUGGCAGCGUGGAGCGGUAUUCGCCCCCUUGUUACAGAUCCCAAGUCUGCAGAUACUCAGUCCAUCUCCCGAAAUCACGUAGUGGAUAUCAGUGAGAGCGGCCUCAUCACGAUAGCAGGUGGAAAGUGGACCACCUAUAGAUCUAUGGCAGAAGAUACCAUAAAUGCUGCCGUUAAGACCCACGAUUUGAAAGCAGGACCAAGUAGAACUGUUGGGCUUUUCCUUCAAGGGGGCAAAGACUGGAGCCCCACACUCUACAUCAGACUUGUCCAGGAUUAUGGACUUGAAAGUGAGGUGGCGCAGCAUCUUGCCGCCACCUAUGGUGACAAGGCUUUUGAGGUGGCCAAGAUGGCAAGCGUGACAGGAAAACGGUGGCCCAUUGUUGGAGUGCGUCUAGUGUCGGAAUUUCCAUACAUUGAAGCAGAGGUGAAAUAUGGGGUUAAGGAGUAUGCCUGCACCGCAGUAGACAUGAUUUCACGCCGCACUCGCCUGGCCUUUCUGAAUGUCCAGGCAGCCGAGGAAGCCCUGCCCAGGAUUGUUGAACUGAUGGGCAAAGAACUGCACUGGGAUGAUUCUAAAAAAAAGGAAGAACUUGAAACAGCCAGGAAGUUUCUCUACUAUGAAAUGGGCUAUAAAUCUCGAUCAGAACAGUUAACAGAUCGCUCUGAGAUUAGCCUACUGCCUUCAGACAUUGACAGGUACAAGAAGAGAUUUCAUAAGUUUGAUGCAGACCAGAAGGGCUUUAUCACCAUUGUUGACGUUCAGCGUGUAUUAGAGAGUAUCGGUGUCCAAAUGGAUGAAAAUACACUACAUGAAAUUCUGAAUGAAGUAGAUUUGAACAAAAAUGGCCAGGUUGAACUCAAUGAAUUUUUGCAGCUGAUGAGUGCUAUUCAAAAAGGAAGGGUGUCUGGAAGCCGGCUUGCUAUACUAAUGAAAACUGCAGAAGAGAAUCUCGACAGAAGAGUUCCCAUCCCCGUGGACCGAAGUUGUGGAGGACUGUGAGUCUGAGCAGUAAAUCCACGGCCAACAAACACAGGAACAACAAAUCAUCAUGUAACAAACCACAGAUGACUUACACCACUCCGAAUAGUGGAUAUGGAUAGCUGCCUUUUUUAACACUGGGGAACAUUCCAAAGCUUUAGGACGUCGAUGUAUACCCUUUAUUUGUAUUUGCCAUUCAAUCUAGCUUCUUAAAAGUGUAUUUUAUUUUUUUUUUCUCAUUUUCAAUGCACACUGGUUUAAUGUUUUGCAUUCAUUUUGUGACCUGUUAGACUGGACAUGCUCCUUUUUUGUUUGUUUACUCAUUUAUUCAAAGUCAGUUUUAGAGGCAGAAUAUCUUGGCAGAAAUUGAAAAAAGAAGCUGGAAACAUUUUGCGACACGCACAAAGCUCUGGAUAUUAAGCUUGUUUGAGUGUUUGCUUCGGCAGCACGUGUACUCAGCUUGUUUGAUAGUAUUUGUUCUUAAAAGAAAUUGAGUGGGGUGUGACCUAUUAACACAAUAGUGUUUCUGGAGACCCCUCAGCUCCUUCUUCCUCCAGCUUGUCUGCCUUCCUCAUCCAAACAGUAUUGUGCAACUUUACAUCUAGAACAUGACUGGCAACACUGGAGAGGGAAGAAAAAUUUAGAUCUGGUGAUAAGAGCUAGUCUCAAAGAGAAACUCUGAAAGCUUCCAGAAUCACAGGUAUAAGUUAAGGAUAGCAUUGACAUUUCUGGGAGUUACAGUGAUAGUUUCAUCUCAGCAAUUCAGUUUUUCCCCCAGUCACUGCUGGUUUUUCUUUGACUAUUACAGUUGCCAGGAAGAUCCUGGCUUUUCUUACUUUAAAACCAGCACUGAAGUGGCAGGUUGGAUGUAGUGGGAUGAGACUGAAUUUCUCAAAUCUUCACAGUACUAAUAAAUUUAAGGAUUAAAAACUUGUGUUUAUAUGUCCAUAUGUUAUAGCACAAUUUUCAGUCCCCAAAUCCUAAAUCUUGGAGCAUGUGAUAUUGUCAGAUAUAGUCUCUUUGACUUAGGUUAUCACAUUUUAGGGGGGUGUUUGUAAACAUUAAAAGAGGAUAGAAAUAGCCUUUUGUUAACUUUAGUUCUAAUUAUUUGUAAAAAGGCACAAAAUUGCAAUGUUCAAGGUAAUUUUAAUUGCUUAAAGCCUUUUCUCCUCUGUACUCGAUGGAAAAGUUCUCAAUCAACCAAAAAGGAAAAAAAAAAAGAAAACCAUACUCAAUACACACUCACACACAUCCCGCAUCACACACACACAUACACACAGAGACACAAAACAAAAAGAAAAACCAAUCUGCAAUGUAUAAUAUAUUGAAUUUAAAGGGCCAAUUUGGUAUGCUUUUGCAAUACUUUGGUGGCAUUUUAGCCAGUCAUCUGAAUGUUUAUUCGUUGUGUUUCCUCUUGUGAAGUUAACGACCUACUUUUUUUUUUUUAUUUUUAAGAUCAUGUUUUGUAUGAAAUAGGAAAUGUAACCCUUUAUUUAACAUUAGGUUUUCAUUGUGCAGGCUUGAGAUCAUAAUUUUUUUUAAACUGGUACAUAAAACACUGUUGUGCUGUUAUUUCUAUAUAUGUCAACAUUGUAGAAUAUCUUUAUGCCUCAUUCAAGUGGGGUACGAGCCUGUAUGUCAUAAUGUACACACUGGAGCUUCAUUCAUCUAAGCCCCCAUCCUCACCUCUGAAACAGACAGUUAAGGUAGCACAUUAACUCAUUUUGUUUUUAAAAUGAAGUUUAGACUUGCCACUUCCUAAAGGAAAACCUAAGACAGAGAAGUGACGCUCCCAGGUAUCACUGUGAACUUUUUUCUUUCAAGAUGUGAUUUUUACAGUGGCUUUUUUUUUUUAAAUAAUGGAAUCACGUGGCUUUGUAAUUUAGUGUUUUUCUAUGAAGACAAUAAAUUUCACUGUUUAGAACCCAGUGACACUUCAUAGAUAGAAGAACUGUCCUUUACAACAUCAGAGAUGAUGUACCGCAGUAUUGUACAUUUAUGCUCUCUCUUUCUUUCUCUCCUUUUCUAGUUAAAUCAAGAUAACGGUGGGCUUGUAUCCUCCCUGAAUCCAUUACAGUAGGGACCGGGCUUGUAACCUGACUGACCUGGGCAGAGCUGUAUUUGUAAAGAGGCCUUGUUUAUGCACGCCUUGCUAUGAGUGAAGUUCCUUUAAGGACAAAAAAAAAAAAAAAAAAAAAAAAAAAAAGCGCACUUUUCUUCUUUUGAGCAUAUCUGCUUUGGCUUAAAAUCUGCUAAUUCUAAAACAUACGCUUCUUCACCAAUCCCAGAGAUUCGUCUUGGAAAUGAGCUGGUUCCAAGUCUUUACUGUGAAUAAAGCACCCCCGCAUUUUUGUGUAAGUUCUUAAUUAAACCUGUACAGCUUCUUUACCUGAUUUCAGAAAAGGAUAGAAGAAAAUGGGGGUGGGGGGGUGUAAACGCCUUCAAAAUCUAUUCCAAGCGCAAAAGAAUUUUUUGUCUUUUUGGAGAAACAUGGUAUUAGCUGAUUAUGUUGGGAUGGGUGUUGGGUGUGCAGAGAUUGUUUUUUUUUUUUAUCGUCAGGUGAUUUUUAUUUAAAGAGCCUUUAAGGGGAUUCAGGUGAAGGAACCCCUGUGGUGGAGAGCUGGAUGCUCCUUUAAACUGUCCUUACUGCACUCAGAACAAUAGUGAUAAUGCUGGAUUAUUUGUUAAGCCAAGGUUGUCUGCCUCAUAUCCAUCAUGCUGUUUGCAAUAUUCUUGCUUCCAAUCAAUUCAUACUGAGUGUAACUUUAGGAUUUAUACUACUAAAUGCAUGCUCCCUAUUCUGCUUUAGUUUCUAGCUUUGUUUUGUCUUUUUCAAAAUAUGUAGCUUACUCUUUUGUACAACAACAAAAAUUUCAUUCUUUUACUAAACAUACUGUAAGGAUGAUCAUUGAUCUUAUUUCCUUUUUUAAAUGUAUUUGUAAAGAUUUUUGGCAUAUGAAUGUAAUAAUAUUGAAUCUAUGACGCUAAUAACUUGCACUGUUUUGCAUUAUGUCUUUUUAGAGAGUAAAAAAGCCCUGCUGUGUUUUUAAAGCAUCAAGUAUAAUCCCACUACCAGAGUGGCAGUACACACUGCAUGUUUUCAUAUGUGGCAUUUUUAUGUAUUGUGUUGGGUUAUUGUUCUGGAUUGGACUGUUAAAUACUGUGUUUGAGGCUGGGUUGUCAUUUUUAUAACUGUCUUGGUGUUUUAUCGCCAUUAUUUAUUACUUUUGAUAUACAGAAUGAGCUGCAUGCAUUUAUAGAGCAAUAAGAGGAUGUAUUUAAUGUGCCUUGUUUUUAACUGAAUAAGAACUGAAAGCAUGAAUCAAUAAAACUGAUUAAAAUGGU